CGGGUAAAUAAAAAUUAAUUUUUUUUGAAUCGCGUUUACGUUGAAAAAAAAAAAUCUGUUAACUGAGAGAUAUACAAAUCAAAUGUUAGACGUGAACAGCUAUUUUGCCAUUUGAUAUUGAACGACCAACCAACAGAUUAACAGAUGUCACUUCAAUUAUUAAACCCUAAGGCUGAGUCCAUCAGACGUUCUCAAGCUUUGCAAGUCAACAUUGCUGCGGCUCAAGGUUUACAAUCUGUUUUAGCCUCUAAUUUAGGUCCUAAAGGAACUUUAAAAUUAUUAGUUGAUGGAUCAGGAGGAUUAAAAUUAACUAAAGAUGGGAAAGUAUUAUUAACUGAAAUGCAAAUCCAACAUCCUACUGCCGUGAUGAUUGCUAGAGCUGCCACUGCUCAAGAUGAAAUCACAGGUGAUGGUACUACUACUGUUAUACUAUUAGUUGGAGAAUUAUUAAAACAAGCUGAAAGAUUUAUAAGUGAAGGUGUUCAUCCAAGAGUUAUGGUUGAUGGAUUUGAAAUUGCAAGAGAACAAUCAUUAAAAUAUUUAGAUGUAUUCAAACAUAAACCAGAAACUUUUGAUCGGGAAUUUUUAAUGCAAAUUGCUAGAACUUCAUUAUCUACUAAAGUUAAUCAAGAAUUAAGUGAUAUUUUAACUCCCAUUGUUACUGAUGCUGUAUUAACCGUGAGAGAUAGUGAAGAUUCUAAAAAUAUAGAUUUACAUAUGAUUGAAAUCAUGACCAUGCAAAAUGGUCAUUCUAAAGAAACUGAAUUAAUUAAAGGUUUAGUAUUAGAUCAUGGUGCUAGACAUCCUGAUAUGCCAAAAAGAGUUGAAAAUGCUUAUGUAUUAAUAUUAAAUGUUUCAUUAGAAUAUGAAAAGACUGAAGUUAAUUCAGGAUUCUUUUAUUCAAGUGCUGAACAAAGAGAAAAAUUAGUAGCAUCUGAACGUAAAUUUGUCGAUGAAAAAUUAAAGAAAAUUAUAGAAUUAAAAAAUGAAGUUUGUGAAUUAAAUUCCAAUAAAGGAUUUGUUAUUAUUAAUCAAAAGGGUAUUGAUCCAAUGUCAUUAGAUGUUUUGGCUAAACAUGGAAUUCUUGCUUUAAGAAGAGCCAAAAGAAGAAAUAUGGAAAGAUUACAAUUAAUUUGUGGAGGUGAAGCUCAAAAUUCAGUUGAUGAUUUAAGUCCUCAAAUUUUAGGAUUUUCCGGUUUAGUUUAUGAAAAUAGUAUGGGUGAAGAUAAAUUUACUUAUAUUACUGAAAAUAAAUUACCUAAAUCAGCUACUAUUUUAAUUAAAGGAUCAAAUAAUCAUGUAUUACAACAAACUAAAGAUGCUAUAAGAGAUGGGUUAAGAUCAGUUUCCAAUGUUUUAAAAGAUCAAUCUAUAUUACCUGGUGGAGGGGCAUUUUGGUUAAGUUGUAAUCAUGAAUUAUUACAUAAUAAAGAGAUUUUAAAAGGUAGAAAUAAAUCAGGGGUAAAAGCAUUUGCUGAAGCAUUAUUAAUUAUUCCAAAAACUUUAUCAUCAAAUGCAGGUUUAGAUCCAUUAGAAACAAUUUCCAAUUGUCAAGAUGAAAUUCUUGAAAAUCAUAUUGUCGGAGUUGAUUUGAAAUCAGGUGAACCAAUGGAUCCAACCGUAGAAGGUAUUUGGGAUUCUUAUCGUGUAUUUAGAAAUGCCAUAUCUGCUGCCACUGGGAUUGCAUCUAAUUUAUUAUUAUGUGAUGAACUUUUGAAAGCAGGUCGUUCUUCCUUAAAGGAAGGUGGUCAAGGUGGUCCUGGUGGAGCUCCUCAAAUGGGUCCUCCAGGCAUGAUGUAAAUAAGUUAAAUAACCAAACUACUUAAUGUAUAGAAUUUUUUUAAUAACGAUACAAUAGCUAUUUAUCCUUAGAGUUACUGUAGUCCUCUUGUUAACUUGCAAGAUACUUGUGAUAGUUCAUAAGCAUGAUAUAUGGUAGCAAAUAUAAUUAUGGU